AAUCACUUCAUUGAUGAAAAUGGCUGAAUCACACGGGCUAACAGCACAGGGCCGGAAGAGAUGGAGUUUACCACAAAGACAGGAGACGGAUCAGAACAAAUUGGGCUCUCGGUGUCUGGAUGGAGAAUCUGAUAGAACCCUGACAGUUCCUUUCAGAGGUCAAAUCUCAGGUGGACUGCAGCCGGGGAAGAAGGUUAUAGUGGUCGGGGUUGUGGAUCCCCGUCCUGAUCGAUUCUACAUUGCUCUGACAUGUGGCCGUGGAACAUCCAGGGAACCCCCACCUAAUGUGGCGCUGGAGCUCUGUGUUCGAUUUAAGGACCGACAAGUCCUGCGGAGAGCCUGCAUGUCAGGUUCCUGGGGCGAAGUGGAGAGAACGGUGCCUUUUUUCCCCUUCAUCAAGGAUCAGCCCUUUAAGAUUGAGAUCCACUGCGAGCAGAGCAGAUUUCGAGUGUUCGUGGAUGGACAGAAGCUGUUUGACUUUCACCACAGAGUGCUGCCCCUCAGGGACAUUGAUACUUUAUGGAUCAAAGGCAGCAUAAAUAUCACAAAACUUGCUUAAAACAAAAGACUUCCUUUUUAGACAUUCACAUGCCACUUGAGAACACCACAGAUGUGUAUAUUUAUUCAAAAUCCUUUUUUUAUGUUUAUAAAAUUGUUCUAAUUUUGUAUUUUCUGUUGGUUUACUCUCUUGCUUUUGGUCAGUCUAACUAAAAACCUCCAUUAAACAUAAUUACUCACUUUAAUCUUAAUUCAAAUUGAUAAUGAAAGAAAUUAAACAGUCCAUUGACAUGUUCUCUCGAUAUCACAGGUCCAAUGCUUUUCAUUAUUUCAUCAUCUACUUUGGCGGUAAAUAUGAUUUUUUUGUUUUUUUACAUAUCUGCUUUUAAGCGUAGUUCUUGACCAGCACAGAUCAAGACGAUUAAAAUUUCUGAUUUUAUUAACAGCUUGUUCUUAUAGAGUGAAACUUAACUGA